UGUCAAAGUAAAAUAUGCGCCUUUUAAAGUUUGCGCAAGCACAAGUACAUCGACUCUAGUACUUGUCAACAAAUGUUUUUGAUUGUUCCUAUUUAAUAAACCUUUCACAUGGAAGAAGUACUCAUCUUGCCAGCAAAUAUGACUAAAUAUUUUCAGAAGUAUUCCUAUUGUACUGAUAUGAAGAAAGUAUCCUUGCAAAAAUGAAAGGAGGUUAGGAAUGCAGAGAGUGGCCCAGAAAAAUACUGGAGGGCAACAUGAGAUGAUUCAGUUGAAGACAUGGCAGAAUUCUUGCCAUUAUGCGAUUUACUCUUUAAUGUGGUUUCCCUAGCAGCAUAUUUUUGUGAUUUGGUUUUCGAUAUUUUAGUAGUCUAUGACCUGUAUCAAAGAAGUUUCACGGUACUUUUCCUUCAGUGUCUAGGUGCCAUAGUUUUGUCAAUCAUAAUUUCUCAGAUUUUAUCACUAAGGUGGUAUUUGAAUCAAGAAACAGUUGGUUGGCAGCGAUUUGUUGUGAUAGCGCUACAUGUGUUACAGCUAGGUGUGCUGUGGCGAUAUGCUCGACUUCUUGUACCUGUUCAGAUAGCUAGUGUUAAGCGUGAAGUUAGAGACUUAUGCAUAUUGAGGUUGGUGCAUGGAUUUCUGCAAGCUGCUCCUAUGUUAUUGUUGCAGCUAUCAUUAUUACCAGGUGCCGCGGACGGCCCUCCGACUGAUUUACUGAUUGUAUCGACGGCACUCUCCCUCUUCUCCACUUGCUGGGCUUUGGCAUCCUUCAGCAAGCACAUACAAAGUGUAGACCGGUUGGUGCUUACCUGGUUAGGUGUAGUGUCGCAAUUGCUUUGGAGAGCAGGAACAGUAACAGCUCGGGCACUAGCUUUGUCUGCAUAUGCAGCUCGUUACCACUCAUGGAUUUUCUUAGUGUUAGCUCUCCAUUGGGCAUGUAUGUUUUUGUGGUUAUUAUCUCCUCGGAGCCCAUUUCAUGGCCAGCGGGGAAAAAAAUUGGGGAUGUGUGGUAUUAUGGCUGCAAUAUAUGUUUUGGCCUAUAUAAAUCUACAAGAGAAGCCACGUAGAAGGACUAUGGCAAUAUUUUAUGUAGUGAUGUUAUUAGAGAAUUGUUUGUUGGUGUGUGCUUGGAUAGCAGCAGUUUGGCCUGACAAACCUCUCCAUUGGGAAUUAGUUCCCAUCCUCACGGUGGGGUUAUUUACUGUUGGAAUCAUGUUCAUGCUUCUAUACUACAAAUUCUUCCAUGUAAAGCGCCUUAUGGAAAAACCUUCUCAACCACCAGGUGUGUUCAAUUGUCGUUUUAGUAGUCCAUCGGCGUCAGCUUUAUAUCGAAAAAAGAAAAAGCCGACCACGUUCGUUCCGCCUCCUGGUUUGGGGCCCGUGGCAGUACCAUUCUGGAGGCGACCUCCACCUUCAUCAAGUGAAAAUGAAGGAAGCAGCGUUGGUUCUCGGGUUAACAUUCACCAGAAAUUACAGGAAAAAAAGCAGAAGCAGCUGGCUGAGCUCAAAAUCAUUGAGGAGGAAAUCAAACAGGGAAAACUUGUGGGACCUGAAGGAGCUGACUUUGAUGACAGACAACCAAUACCUCGAGAAAAACGACAUGUGGAACCUCACCUAACUUCUCUAAAUAACCUUGCUGGUCAUGGGGUUAAUAUGAAUCGUAGACCUCCUCCUAGAGCGCCAAAAAUUAGAACUCCCGAACUUUUACUUGCUCCGAGAUAUUUGUACUGCGAUUGUAUACCUCCUGAACAAGAAACCAAGCACCAGGAACCAGUGCCAUAUCCAUCUUCAGGUCGGGAAAGCCAGGUAUCCUUACCGCGCUCAUACACAUUACCUAGAGAAUUUAAGUAUUAUAGAAGGCAAAGAGCUGGCAGGGCCAUUCAAACAGUGGCUUCAACAAAUAGCAGCGAUGGUGAUGUAGAUAGUGCUGGCGAUGAAUCAGACUGUAAUCCUCCUCCUCCCCCUCCUGCCUUUACGAGGCAGUUACGUAGGCCUUUCAGGCAUGAAACUAAGUUGUGAUCAUAUUCUCUCCAAAUUAAUAAUAGGUUUUGAAAUCUUUUAUGUAAUUAAAUAGUGACUUAUUUUUUAUUUUUGAUAUGAAA